AUGUCUGAACCCAUGAUCUGGCUGGUUACCGGCUGCUCGGCAGGACUUGGGAGUGCUCUUGUCAGAACCAUUCUGGAUCAUGGGCACAAGGUCGUCGCGUCGUCUCGGAACCCUGCAAAGACGCCAGAACUGGUCGAGGAGAUCACAGGUAAAGGGGGCCACUGGAUUACCCUGGACACGACAGAGCCUGAUCUCGAAGACACCAUCGCCAAAGCGGAGUCCAUCUAUGGCAGACUGGACGUCGUAGUCAACAACGCCGGCUAUCCAAUCUGUGGUGCUUUUGAAGACCUCAAACUCGAUGGCGCACGUCAACAGAUGGAGACAAACUUCUGGGGACCGGUUCGGAUCAUGCUCGCCGUGCUGCCUGGGAUGCGCGCAAGGAAAUCGGGGAUCAUUGUCAAUGUCUCUUCGACCGCCGGUCUGAGAGUUCUGCCCACGUACAGCCACUACUCGAGCACCAAGUUCGCACUGGAGGCCAUCAGCGAAGGCAUCGCACAGGAAGUGGCCAACUUCAACAUCCGCAUCCAGCUGGUCGUGCCGGGGGCGUUCCGCACAAAUUUCCUGGGCCAAAACAACAUCCAGUACGCUCCUCUGAGUGAGCCUUAUAAGGGCGGCGUCUGUGACAAGAUGCUCAACACCCUCUACGACAUGGAUGGAAAGCAAACCGGCAACCCCAUUAAAGGGGCGGAGCGCAUCUUUGAGUCGGUCACAGGCACAGGCAUGUUGGAGGGUAGAAAACCUAACCUCCGCUUGCCGCUGGGGUCUGACUGCAUUCAGACAGUGAGGGCUAAGCUGGACCGCGUCAGGGACAACUUCGCGGAAUUUGAAGAUAUUGCUCGUAGCACGGAUGGAAAUCCCUGA